CUUAAAAAAAAUUGAAGAUGAAAAUGAAGAGCUUAUGUGUGUUUCUGUUGGUUUUCGUUUUACUGAAAGUAAUGUGUUGUGAAGGGUGUUGGAAGCAAGAGAGAGAAGCUCUUAAUGCUAUGAAAUCCAAUUUGGAAAAUCCUAAUGGUGACACUUUUGAUAUGGGAAAUGCUCUGUUUUGGACAGCCAACACCGAUUGUUGUGAAUGGGAAGGAGUUGCAUGCAACAACAUCACAGGAAGAGUCACCAAACUCAAACUUCAAUAUUCCUAUACUCGAUCACUUGAUUAUUCGGAGUUUGCAAUUUUCAAAGAUUUGAAGACUCUCGACCUAUCAGAGUCUGAAAUAUCCAAUUGUACAAGAACUCAUCAAGGGUUGAAAAAUCUUGAAGGUCUUUACUUGAGUGCUAAUCCUUUCGAUAAUGCUAUCAGCGUUGUGUCUUGUUUGGACGGACUUUCUUCUCUUAAGUCUCUAUCAUUAGCUGAUAUGUACUCUAUGACUUCAUUUCAAGAUUUUCACACAGUUUUGGAGACACUUUCAUCAAAGUUGUUGCAUCUGGAGGUCCUUGACAAUUUCCUUCUGAAAUGGUAAGUGUUAUACCCUGUUUUUGGACCUAAAAAUACUGGGCCCAAUUUCAUUUCAAACUUUG